AUGAAAACCUUCCUUCCAGGAACCAGUAUAGAUUUGCAAACCCUACCUGCGAUAUCAAGUGAUGGUUCCCAAAUCUCUGGAAAACGAAUAUUCCAUCGUCUGUUUUGGGCAUUUCGUCUGUGUAUACGUGGCUUCGCCUACUGUAAGCCCAUUGUGCAAGUAGACGGAACUUGGUUGUAUGGCAAGUACAGAGGAACUCUAUUGAUGGCGGUGGCACAGGAUGGCAACGCAAAUAUUUUCCCAAUAGCAUUCGCAUUGGUCGAAGGUGAAACAAAGGAAGCAUGGAGCUUUUUUCUAAGGAACCUAAGAUUACACGUGACACCACAACCUAAUUUGUGUCUAAUAUCUGAUAGACAUGAAUCGAUAAAGAGUGCAUACAACAAUCCCGAAAACUUAUGGCAACAUCCACCAUCUUCACAUGUCUACUGCAUAAGACACAUUGCUCAGAACUUCAUGUGCGAGAUUAAGGACAAGGAUCUACGCAAAAAACUUGUUAACAUGGGUUACACAUUGAUGGAGGCUACAUUUAAUUACUAUCGUGAAGAAAUCAGAAGAACAAACAUUGAGGCUUCAAAUUGGAUAGACAACAUUCCUAGGGAGAAGUGGGCUAGAGCAUUUGACAGAGGGCAACAUUGGGGACAUAUGACAUCUAACUUGACAGAGGCAAUAAACUCUGUUCUAAAGACAACAAGAAACCUUCCAAUCACUACAUUGGUCCACUCUACAUACUAUCGGAUGGGUUCACUCUUUGGUAAACAAGGACACAAAUGGACCAAAAUGCUAUCUUCAGGAAAAGUUUUCACAGAUGGUUGUAACAAGGGAAUGGCUGAUGAGGUAGCCAAGGCUAACACACACAACGUCAUGCAAUUUGAUCAUGAAAAAUUAUGUUUCAUGGUGCAGGAAAAGAUUAAUUACAAUGAUGGUCGUCCAACGGGUACUUUCAGCGUUGACUUGAGGAAUCGUUUGUGUGACUGUGGAAAAUUUCAAGCAUUUCACUUGCCUUGCUCCCACGUGAUAGCGGCAUGUUCUAGCAUACGACAAGACUACACAAUUCACAUUCCAGAGGUCUUCACAGUUCUUAACAUAUUCAAGGUCUACAAGGAAUGCUUCCUGGGACUACCGCACGAGGAGAACUGGCCAAAAUAUGAAGGUUUUACUCUAUGCCACGACGAUUCCAUGAGAAGAAAUAAAAAGGGACGUCCAACCAGUAGUAGAAUUAGAACUGAGAUGGACGACGUUGAAAAAGAGAAGAGAAGGUGUGGGAUUUGCAGAGAAAUAGGUCAUAUGCGUAGAAGAUGUCCCAAUGUUGUCGGUCCGUCAAACCGACCAAAAAGAUAA